AUGCGUAAUCAUACAACUAUAUAUAAUGAGUUCAUUGAUAACGCUGCUAUAACUGAGUGCAUACAGCAAGGUUUAGAUCCAAGUAUAUUGUCCGCGCUAGAUAAGAAUGCUGUUUUCUACAUAGCAACCAUUGCAGCAAGAGUAUGCUAUGCGACCAGAGGUAUAACAAUACUUGAUGUAAUAGGUAAAUCUAUCAGAGAUGUGCAGCUCCUAUUGUCAUACGAAGCUAGUGAGGUUUAUGGGCGAGGGAUCAAAGCAGAUGAAUUAAAGGACUUUCAUACUAAAGAAUUGCAUUUAUUAAUGACAGUAGCUGCGCGAGCAUGGUAUCAUGCACACAGUAAUGAAGAAAUACGAAGCUUUAUCAGGAAGUCGUAUGAAAUAAAACUACAAACUCUAUUACAUCAUUAUAUAGCCGAACAUUUGAACAAUGACACAGAUUUUAUACAUUCAGCAUCGAAUAUAAGUAUCAAAGUAAUGGAAAUACUACUGUCUGAUACUGCAAUGAGUAAGUAUGCUGCACAAAGACUGCAAAUCAACGAAUUAAUCAACUUGGAACCAGAGCAAAUUCAGUGUGCAAUCGAACUCGUUGGCGAUACCAGUCACAUCGAUUUAUAA